AUCAGGAAUCUGGCCAGUGAAUCGUCCAAUCCACCAGUGGGUUUGAGAAUUAGUUCCAAUGAAGACGCGAGGACCAUGUCUCAUAUAAGCACCUAACACAACUAGAACAUGACCUCGUCCAUCACUUGAUCAAAGAUCUUGCGAGUUUGCAUUCGGAUCUACGCCCAUCGGAUAUUCGUAAUCCUCUACCUGGUUCAUCUGUCGCCGUCGCACACCAUUGUUGACCGCAGCGUGACGUCUCGUCGCACUUAGUAACAUGUCUGGUUCCAAGUCUCGCGCUUCUCUUACGUUGUCGACCGUUGUUGCAUCCGCCGCAUCCACAGUGCCACCAAAGAUGUCCAAACUUGACUUACCCGCAUUCUCUGGUCCGAUUGAGCCUGCUUCAAUCAAUGUCUGGCUUGGGCGUUGCGAAGACGAAUAUCUCGCGUGGUCUGCCUGGAACCCGGUAUAUGUGAUGUCUCCACAACUGCUUAUUGUACUUGCGGGUCUCCAGCCGGAAGAACCGAGCGCGAGACUUUGGUGGAACCAGAAUCGUGAUAUGCUCAAACAGCUUGCCACGUGGGAGGAGUUCGCGUCGCGCUUCAAGGAUCGCUUCAUACCUUCCGGCUGGCGUCUCGAUGCCCUCGCGCGCUUCUACGACGUCUCGCAAGACUUCGAUGACUUCCGCUCGUUCACUGCUUCCUUACAAACAGCUCGGAACACGCUUGGUUCACUGGGUGAUGGUUACGCUAUCAGUGACUCUGUUUUCAAAAACCACCUCUUCUUUUUUGCCAAUCCCGCGCUUCAACUUCGUGUCCGGGCCAUACCAAAUUUUUCGUACGAGAACUUGACAGUCGACGCACUGAUCCAUGUCAUGGCGACUACGUGGUUGAGCCUCGUUGCGGAAGGCUUCACGAUGCCCGUACCCAAGUCAAUGCUCAAGUCUGCCUCUGCUCCUAUGUCAAACACGCACGCAUUAAAUUCCACAUCUCCCCUUCCUGACCUCACUUAUACCGAACGAGAAGCCUUGCGCUCAGUGGGAGGUUGUUUCCACUGAGGAGGUUGUUUCCACUGCCAUCUGUCGCCAUCUGACCCCACCUGGAAAUUCCAUGUUACUCAAGAGUGUCCGGGUGACGAGCGACGCAACAUUCCUCCGCAAGCUCCUCAUCCCAUCGCAGAAGACGCCCUACCUGAGGGUUAUCGCGAAGUCCUGAUCUCAC